CGGGAAAACGGGAAGAGAGAAGGCGACUUUAAAGCUCGGCUGGAAAUAGUCAAAAACGAAACGGAAAAGCGAAAAAGAAACCGAAACAGAAAUAGCGGUUAGCGGGCAGCGACGUCGACGCCUACGCCUUCGCCGACAGAGACUGGAAACCGACGUGAGCUUGGAGCAGCGUUCCAUUUAAAUCAGAACGGUUACGGGAAUCGAGAAGCGACGGAGCGACGUCACCGCCGCCGAUCGUCACCGUUAACAAAAAGUGUCAACCUCGCAGUGGCAGUGCCUCAAUUCAGCGUGCACCGCUUAACGGUAACGGUCCUGCGACGCGAUCGCUCAGUCUUCCAGUGUUUCGCGAUUCCCUUCAAGCUAUUUCGUUCAAAAAAAAAAAAAAAGAAAUUCGAAGAAGCUGCACACAACACAGCGAAAGGCGAAAGCCAACGGUUCCUGCGAGUGUUUAUUUUUUUUUAACAAUUUUUGAUCGUAGUGCGACAAUCCGCCGAGCAUGUCGCCGAAUCGAUGGAUCCUGCUGCUCAUCUUCUACAUAUCCUACCUGAUGUUCGGGGCGGCAAUCUAUUACCAUAUUGAGCACGGCGAGGAGAAGAUAACGCGCGGCGAGCAGCGCAAGGCCCAAAUUGCAAUCAACGAGUAUCUGCUGGAAGAGCUGGGGGACAAGAACACGACCACGCAGGAUGAGAUUCUCGAGCGGAUUUCGGCUUACUGUGACAAGCCGGUUACCCUGCCGCCCACAUAUGAUGAUACGCCCUUCACGUGGACCUUCUACCAUGCCUUCUUCUUCGCCUUCACCGUCUGCUCCACGGUGGGAUAUGGGAACAUAUCGCCCACCACCUUCGCCGGACGGAUGAUCAUGAUAGUGUACUCGGUGAUUGGCAUCCCCGUCAAUGGAAUCCUCUUUGCCGGCCUGGGCGAAUACUUUGGACGCACGUUUGAAGCGAUCUACCGACGUUACAAAAAGUACAAGAUGUCCACGGACAUGCACUAUGUGCCGCCGCAACUGGGAUUGAUCACCACGGUGGUGAUUGCCCUGAUUCCGGGAAUAGCUCUCUUCCUGCUGCUGCCCUCGUGGGUGUUCACCUACUUCGAGAACUGGCCCUAUUCCAUCUCGCUGUAUUACAGCUAUGUGACCACCACAACGAUCGGAUUUGGCGACUAUGUGCCCACAUUUGGAAGCAACCAGCCCAAGGAGUUCGGCGGCUGGUUCGUGGUGUAUCAGAUCUUUGUGAUCGUGUGGUUCAUCUUCUCCCUGGGAUACCUGGUGAUGAUCAUGACAUUUAUUACUCGAGGCCUCCAGAGCAAGAAGCUGGCUUACCUGGAGCAGCAGCUGUCCUCCAACCUGAAGGCCACCCAAAAUCGCAUCUGGUCUGGUGUCACCAAAGAUGUGGGCUACCUCCGGCGAAUGCUCAACGAGCUCUACAUCCUCAAAGUGAAGCCUGUGUACACCGAUGUAGAUAUCGCCUACACACUGCCACGAUCCAAUUCGUGUCCGGAUCUGAGCAUGUACCGCGUGGAGCCGGCUCCCAUUCCCAGCCGGAAGAGGGCAUUCUCCGUGUGCGCCGACUUGGUUGCCGCCCAAAGGGAGGCGGGCAUGGUGCACGCCAACUCCGAUACGGAGCUAAGCAAACUGGAUCGCGAGAAGACGUUCGAGACGGCGGAGGCUUACCGCCAGACCACCGAUUUGCUGGCCAAGGUGGUCAGCGCACUGGCGACGGUGAAACCGCCGCCGGCAGAGCAGGAGGAUGCGGCGCUCUAUGGUGGCUAUCAUGGCUUCUCCGAUUCCCAGAUCCUGGCCAGCGAGUGGUCGUUCUCGACGGUCAACGAGUUCACAUCACCACGGCGUCCAAGGGCACGUGCCUGCUCCGAUUUCAACCUGGAGGCACCUCGCUGGCAGAGCGAGCGGCCACUUCGUUCGAGCCACAACGAAUGGACUUGGAGCGGCGACAACCAGCAGAUACAGGAGGCAUUCAACCAACGCUACAAGGGCCAGCAGCGGGCCAACGGAGCAGCCAACUCGACCAUGGUCCAUCUGGAGCCGGAUGCCUUGGAGGAGCAGCUGAAGAAGCAAUCACCGGGCGCCGGUCGCGUCAAGAAGUUCUCCAUGCCGGAUGGCCUGCGUCGCCUGUUUCCCUUUCAGAAGAAGCGUCCCUCGCAGGAUCUGGAGCGCAAGUUGUCCGUGCUGUCGGUACCCGAGGGUAUCAUCUCGCAGCAAGCCAGAUCUCCGUUGGACUACUACAACAACACGGUCACGGCGGCCUCCAGUCAAUCCUAUUUGCGCAACGGACGCGGUCCACCGCCGCCCUUCGAAUCGAAUGGCAGCUUGGCCAGCGGCGGCGGCGUCGGCGGCGGCGGGCUAACCAACAUGGGCUUCCAGAUGGAGGAUGGAGCCACCCCGCCAUCGGCAUUGAGCGCAGGAGCCUAUCAACGCAAGGCGGCUGCUGGAAAACGCCGACGCGAGAGCAUCUACACCCAGAACCAAGCCCCAUCCGCUCGUCGUGGCAGCAUGUAUCCGCCCACCGCGCACGCCUUGGCCCAGAUGCAGAUGCGCCGCGGCAGCUUGGCCACCAGUGGAUCCGGAUCGGCAGCAAUGGCGGCAGUGGCCGCUCGUCGGGGCAGCCUCUUCCCGGCCACAGCAUCGGCAUCUUCGUUGGCCUCUGCUCCGCGUCGUAGCAGCAUAUUCUCGGUUACCUCCGAGAAGGAUAUGAAUGUGCUGGAGCAGACGACCAUAGCGGAUCUGAUUCGCGCGCUCGAGGUGGUGCACACCCAUGCCGUACUUGAUGAACAGCAACAGGCGGCAGCGGCUGGAGGAGCUGCAGCUGGAGGCGGAUUAUCGAAGGGUAGCCGCAAGCAGCGCAAGAUGGGCAAUGCUGGACUGGAGCCACCGCAGCUGCCGCCGAUCCUGUCGCUCUUUGCUGGCGACCAGACGAGGUCCCUGCAGGCGGCAGCUGCCAAUCGGUUGUACGCACGUCGCUCCACUAUUGUGGGCAUAUCGCCCACUGGAGGAGCAGCCACCGGUCCGGCAGCCAGGUCACUAUUGGAGCCGCCACCCAGCUACACUGAAAGAGCCGCAAAUCAAAGCCAAAUAACAGCUGGAAACUCGGUUUCCGGUCCAUCGAAUGUGCCGACUGUGCAGAGCAAGUUCCGUCGCCGCUUCAGCGUGAGACCAACUGCUCUGCAGAUUCCACCGGGUCAGGCACCGCCACCAGGUGCCAGUUUGAUGGAGCAGUCUUCGCAGUCGGCGCUCCAGCGACGCCUCUCGCUACGACCCUCGCCACUGGCCCGCGAACUGUCGCCCGCCUCGCCGCCCGGCGGAAGUGGAAGUGGAGGCGCAUUGCCUGCGGGGGCCACCGAGGAGUCCGGCGGAACGUCCGCUCAACGGCUGCUACCCUUGCCUGUCGGAACGAGACCCAGCACCAGCAGCACCCACUCGCCGCUCUCGAGGAUCGUGCAGAUCUCGCAGGCGCAGCGCAAGAGCAGCAUGCCCAGCGCAGCGGCCACGGGAUCGAGUGGAGCCCCCGGCGAGAAGUAGUUAAUUUUGUUAUCCGUAAGGUGUAUUGCCAAUUCGUAUAUGUCCACGUCCAGCGGUAUUGCUUCGCCAAUUUCACAGCAUCUAUCCCACAUAGUCGAUAAGGCUGCCAAAAGUCCUUAGUUGUUAUGCUAAUGUUAUCCUUAACCUAUUUACAUACGUAUAUCCAGUUAUCCUAGUUGUAUGUAUUUUUAGAAUUAUCUCCCUCCCUCUCUCUCUAUUGUUAUCCUGUAUUUAUACCCAUCUGUAUCUUUAUCUCUAUAUAUCUAUACAUAUUCUUCUAUGUUUAUUGCUAAGAAGGCGCUUAUAUGAACAAAAGGAUCGGCAUGUUUUCAAGCAUUCAGUUGGGACCGACAAUGGAUCUCGAAUUGUAUGUAGUUUCAUUUAGCUCUUAGAGUGACUUCAUCCCCAAAACAUUCCAUAUGCUGUUAUAUAAUAAAGAUAAUCUGCGAAAAUGUA